CAGAGUGCAUCGAGUCGCUGUUUUAUUUCCUUUUUGCAUUCACACAUUUUUGUCAAAUUCAAACAUCAUGGGUCUUCCAAUCCCCACUGAGUCGCCCAUCAAGAUAAACCUGAGCCACCAGGAAGUCGCUCGUAUCAUUGAAGAGCUGGAAAAGGCAUACACCACUACUACGGUAGAAUGGAUUCCAGCGGCUCCUAUAGCGGAUCUAUUGUCCCGGGAAUUGGGUUAUGAAGACGAAGAAGAGUUUAACGACGCUCUUGGAGGAACUUUUGUAGAAUUACUCAACACCCUUCCCAACGUGCAAACUCAAACCGGCGAGAAUGGAGAGGUGCGCUUCAAGGUGGUCCCCGAACCACCGGAAGAAGAAUGGAAGGCUCGGAAACUGACGUUGCGCAUCACUGACCGUACGCAGUUAUGGAACGUUCUCCUCAAAAGCCCAUAUGCAACAAUAGAAAUCCCCGAACUAGAGUUUGCCAUCCAACGAAACGGAAUGAAAAAGAUAGAUUCCUUGUACAAUCAUAUCGGAAAUGCCAUCUUUGAGCUUGGGACCCAUGUACGAACGGUUCCCAUGUCGGAUGACCAUCAAAACAAGAUUGUGGACUGCAUUACGAGUUUGAAUGAUCUUUUGGAUGUUCCCGCGCCGUGGACUUGUAUUGUAGAGGAUCCGUCUGGUAUUAGUGAAUUUUCUGAUAUGACUGGCGUGGAGAUCGCUUAAGGCUGUGUCGUGGGAGAGAGGUUGGUUAGAUUUCAGUGAGGGGCGGUCUGAGUAGGUAGAUGCUCCAUAGCUCGCUGCAGCAUUACAUUAUCAUCGCCAAUUUUGACAUUAAAAACAGUUUGUCUCUGCAUGAUUUACCCGUUGAUGAAAGGGUUUUGCUAUCGAUGAAGGUGUAAAUAACGAGUAAUAAAAAGCCAG